UGACGUCCUUCCUCUUCAUUGCCCGGCAAUUCCCCGUCCAUCUUUCUCACAAUUCUCCCGCAGACUUCAUUGAUCUCUAUCAUAGCAUUAUUCAUGUACAUAUAAAUAUCUGUCAUAGAUUCAGUUAUUGACUCAAUCCCAGAAAAGUAAAACACGCACACCCACAACGCAGAGCUAGCUAGCUCCAGCCUGAAGCUGAUUUAAGUACUACUAUAUAAUACACGGACGAGCAGCAAGAAAAAAGCAAAACAAGGAAGAAGAAGAAGAUGGCAGACUAUAACAUGUCCGGAAGUCAGUUCCCCGAAUUUCCAGCGGUUUUUACCAACGGCGGGCAGUUUGUUCAGUACAACAUCUUUGGAAACCUGUUUGAGGUCACCUCUAAGUACCGCCCUCCGAUCAUGCCUAUUGGCCGGGGAGCUUAUGGAAUCGUCUGCUCGGUUUUGAAUUCGGAGACGAAUGAGAUGGUGGCUGUAAAGAAGAUUGCCAAUGCUUUCGAUAAUUACAUGGACGCCAAACGUACUCUCCGGGAAAUCAAGCUUCUUCGCCAUUUGGAUCAUGAAAAUGUAAUCGCCAUAAGAGAUGUGAUUCCGCCGCCCUUGAGGAGGGAGUUUUCUGAUGUCUACAUAGCCACAGAGCUCAUGGACACUGACCUUCACCAAAUUAUUCGAUCCAAUCAAUCUUUGUCCGAAGAGCAUUCUCAGUAUUUCUUGUAUCAGGUCCUUCGAGGCCUGAAAUAUAUACACUCUGCAAAAGUAAUUCAUAGGGAUCUUAAACCAAGCAACCUUUUGGUGAAUGCAAAUUGUGAUCUUAAGAUCAUUGAUUUUGGUCUUGCCCGCCCAAACAUGGAAAAUGAAGUCAUGACAGAGUAUGUUGUGACUAGAUGGUACCGGGCACCUGAGCUGCUCCUAAAUUCAUCAGAUUAUACUGCCGCAAUUGAUGUCUGGUCAGUGGGUUGCAUCUUCAUGGAGCUUAUGAACAGAAAACCAUUGUUUCCUGGAAAAGAUCAUGUCAACCAAAUGCGCUUAUUGACUGAGCUUCUAGGAACACCCACUGAUGCUGAUCUUGGCUUUGUACGACACGAGGAAGCAAAAAGAUAUAUCCGGCAACUGCCACGUUUUCCUCGGCAGCAGCUCUCUAAAGUGUUCCCGCAUGUGAAUCCAUUAGCCAUUGAUCUUGUUGAUAAAAUGUUGACAUUUGAUCCAGCUAAAAGAAUUACAGUUGAAGAAGCACUUGCACAUCCCUACCUUGCAAGAUUACAUGACAUAGCUGAUGAACCUGUCUGCUCAAAGCCAUUUUCUUUUGAUUUCGAGCAUCAAGCUAUAGGAGAGGAGCAGAUAAAAGAUAUGAUUUACCAGGAGGCUGUGGCACUGAAUCCAGAGCAUGCAUAAAUAUGAUGGGAAAACCGUCUUAGGAUUCCUUUCCUGCACAUAAAUAAACAUGAUCAAGAGUUCAGUUUUUGCUUGCAUAGGCUCCGUGUCAGUUGAUGGAAUAUGUUACAAGCUAGUUUAGGAAACAAAUUAAAACUUCUACAGCUCAAUAUUGGAGAUAUUCUUUGAUGGUAAUUUAUGCUGCAUCGGGCGGAGUCUGUGGCAAUUGCUUUGAUGGUUGGUCUCUUUACCUGAACAAGGCAUCCAAUGCUCUGCAAAGAGUAUGCAAGUUUAUAAUCGGAUCGAACUCUAUAUUGAUAUUUUAUUUUUAAUCUAUGGUUUGAUUUGCACUAUUCUUUUUCUCAUAUCUCGAGUUGUUGUAUUUUUGUCAAGUGGAACCGUGAAAGCCACUGUGUUUGUACAGGAAAUGCAACUGAGUGUAACUUACAAAUGUAACGCACUUUCAAUUAAAGUAGUUGGGGGGGGAGUCCCAUAUAAUAUGAGAUGUUUUUUUCCGAA